UUUCAGAAAACAAAAAAGCUAAAAAUCAGUAAAGUCAAGACAAACAAUCAAAAAAGAACAAAAUUAUCUAAACAAGGAAAGCUAAAACUUCAAAGACACAAGCAGCCAAAAAAACAGAUACAAAAACCUCCUCAGCUUAAACCAGAAGAUAAUCAAGAUGAUAAAGAAGAAGAAGAGAGUGAUCAUGGUGAAGACAUGUUGUCUAUGGUUGAAAAAGAUGACAUGGAUUUUUUAGAAUCAGCUGUUAAUUCAAAAUCAUAUAAUAUUCUUAAAAAAAUACGUUUCAAUGAUACAACAUCUGGUGAUGAUAAAAAACGUAGAAAAAGAAAAUUAAAUAAAGAUGAUACACCAAUUGAAGAUGAAUAUGAAGAAACUGCUACUAAACUUGAAGAAGAAAAAGGUAAUAAAAGAGUUAGAAUGCUUUUACCAGUUAAAACAAGUGAUGGUUUUAUUAAAAAUCGUACCAUUGAAGAAGAAGUAGUUGAUGAUGAUGAUGAUGAAAAUAAUGAUGAAAAUAAAGAAAAUAAACAAGAUGAAAAAGAAGAAAAAGAAAUUGAUAGUGAUGAAGAAGUUAUUGCUGAUUUUGAACCAGAAAUAAAAGAUACUGAAAAAGAAAAAAUAUCAACAAUUGAGCUAUAUGCAUGUCGUGAAGAAGUAUUAAGAUCUAAAAAAUUUAAAAUUGGUUUAUUAUCAAGUGCAUUAUUGGAAAAUCCAGAAUUAAAAAAAUCAAAUUUUAAAGCACUACUUGAUUUAAUGGAAGAAAGAAAUCCAGAAGUUAAAAUAACUGUACGUAAAAUAGCAACAGUAUCAUUAUUUGAAGUAUUUAAAGAUUUACUACCAUCAUAUCUUUUAAAUCAAACAAAAGAAGAAGGUGUUAAAUAUAAAAAAGAAACACUAUUAUUAUAUGGCUAUGAAGAGACACUAUUACAAAGUUACAAACGUUAUUUAACAAAACUUGAAAAAAUGAGUGAUAAGCUGAGAAAAAAAAAAGGUGAGACAAAAGUACUUACAUUACCAGGAAUAAUUCUAUCUGAAAUAGCAUUAACAUGUAUGUGUGAACUUUUAGUAACACAUCCAUAUUUUAAUUAUUCAACAAAUAUUGCAAAUUUUUUGGUACCAUUUUUGGACAAUAAACGUCCAUCAGUUCGUGAAAAAGUAUUUAAUUGUAUGAAAAAUAUAUUUAAAGAUGAUAAACGUGGUGAAUUGUCACUUGUUAUUGUUCGUAAAUUAAAUCAAUAUAUUAAGCAACGUGGUCACUCGGUUCAUACUGAACUUGUUCAAGUACUAUUGUCAUUGAGAAUAAAAGACAUUGAUCUUGAUAAAGAACGUGAUGAUGAAAUGAAACAAAAAAAAUUAAUGAGCCAUAAACAACGUAUACUUGCAUUGAGUAAACGUGAAAGAAAAAAAAGUAAAAAGCUAGAAGCUGUUGAAAAAGAGCUAUUAGAAACAAAAGCUGAAGAAAAUAAAGUUGAAAAACAAAAAAUAUUAACUGAAAUAACAAGUAUUGUAUUUACAAUAUAUUUUAGAAUAUUAAAACAAGCACCAAAUAGUCAAGUAUUAUCUGUUUGUUUAGAGGGUCUAGCUAAAUUUGCACAUUGUAUUAAUCUUGAAUUUUAUCAAGAUUUAGUUAAUGUCAUAAAUACACUGAUGGAAGAAAAAAAUUUAGGUUUACGUGAACAAUUACAUUGUAUACAAACUGUAUUUACAAUAUUAUCUGGACAAGGAUCAGCAUUAAAUAUUGAUCCAUACAGAUUUUAUGUACAUUUGUAUAAAAAUUUAUUAUCAAUUAAUGCUGGAAAAAAUCAACAAGAUUGUCUUAUUAUUAUUAAAAUAUUAAUUCAAGUGUUGAUUAAUCGUAGAAAAAAAAUAACACAAAAUCGUUUAAUUGCAUUUAUCAAGAGAAUAGCAACAAUGUCAUUGCAAUUACAACAUCAUGGAUCAUUGGGAUUACUUGGUAUUAUUAAAAUAAUAAUGCAUCUAACAAAAUCAAUUGAGGGACUUCUUGAUACUGAUGCUAAUUCUGGUGAUGGUUUUUAUCAACCAGAACUUGAUGAACCAGAAUGUUGUAAUGCAUAUUGUACAUCAUUAUGGGAACUUGUUGCAUUACAAAGACAUUAUCAUUCUGUUGUACAAAAAAUAUCACGUAAUAUUGCAGCUGGUGUACCAGUAAAUGGUGAUGGUUGUUUACCACCAGAAUAUGCAAAAUUAAAACCAGAAGAUUUGUAUGAACAAUUUGAUCCAACUGGUGUUGUAUUUAAUCCAUCAAUUCCAGUACCUAAAAAGGCACCACAAAAAAAUAUAAAACAUCAUGAAUUUGCUAAUUUUGAAUUUGGUGAAUAUGUUGAAAAUAUUUGCAAGCAAGAUGACGAUAAUGAUGAUGAUGAUGCUGAAGAAUCUGAAAAUAUUAAAUGUAAUUUUUAUGACUGUAUCAUGAAGAAAUAA